UUGAGAGGCAAAGAGACAGAGUGUGAGUGGGGGAGGGACAGAGAGAGAGGGAGACACAGAAUCCGAAGCAGGCUCCAGGCUCUGAGCUGUCAGCACAGAGCCCGACGUGGGGCUCGAACUCAUGAACUGUGAGAUCAUGACCUGAGCUGAAGUCAGAUGCCCAACUAACUGAGCCACCCAGGCACCCCACGGAUUUUGUUUUUCAAGGGGUUAUUCAUGUUUCACUUGAAAACCUGGACUGAAUGCAUGUCAGACUCUCCAAACGUGGUGUAACUGGUGCUGGUUGACUUUUCAAACAUCCUUAGCAAGUUCACCAAAACCUUGACAGCGGAGCUCCUUAACUGUCAGCCUCUGCUGAACCAGGUAAAGAAUGUGUAUGCAUUUAAGUAGAUUAUUAAUAAAAUCUUAAGGAUCAGAUGGGGGUUGGAUAAUAACUUUAUUCAGAUAGAAUGUUUUCAAACAUCUUAGGUUCUUCAAAUGCGAAGAAAGGACUUAACCUGCUUCACUAAAAAUGUGUUCUUAAAAGCCACGUCUGUGUAAAACUGAGAAAAUGAGGACACAAAAUGUAAUCUUAUGUUCAUAUUAUUUUUCCAGAUAAUAACCUGAUCAAACCUUGUGCACUCAGAAAAGUAUACGUUUUUCCCCCUCCCUGUUUUGCCCACAUUUUCAAGGAUUUGGUGCAUCUCCAUCCCCCCAUUUCUAUAAGGUCAAGGGAAUGACCAAGCUGUUGACCAUUCAGGGCAUAUUUGUAGGUAUCUUUUCUUCUUGAUAGAAGAGCUGAAUACUAUUUUGUUAAAUCCUUGGUGGGCAAUGAAUAAAUCUGUUUUUCUUCCAAUUGGAAUUGCAUGCAAGACGUAAAAAAUUGCUUGGGUAUCAAAAUGAUGUGAUGUAAGGAAACCAGAGGUAACCGAGAUCCCUCACUUCCAUUUUAAGAUUGACCUUUAACUUGCUACAUGGCAUCGAACAACUGUAGCAGCAGAUGGCCUUCUCAGUGGUGAGUGCCCAGAGAGACUCUGCUUCAAGGGCUGUAAGGAGCCACACCAGGGUGUCCUGUUCAACAACGAGCCUGCUUCUUGGGACUGGACUUGCUCCAUUGCUGCCUGGGCUCUGAGAGUGGAGUCUGGCAGCCAUCUGGUGUUUGUGACUGACGUCUGCCACAAGCAGUAUCCUUUGGAGCUACCUAAUGGGGAAAUGAAGCGAAAAUAAUUGAAGGGUAUUUGACGUGGUUAUGUGGGCAGAAGUGUCCUCACCAAAACAGCUUGGAAGUUGUGCUUUGUGUAUGGGUGUGGGUGGGUGUGUGGCCCUUAACUUUUCUCAAGGGGUGACGACAGCAAGGAAUUAACCCAGCUUCCUCAUCCAGGCACGACCUGUAUUUACUUACUCAGAUGACACUGUUGCAGCUUCAGGUUCAGACAGACUAUUUUGAGGACCCCUGACUGCUUUCUGGACACCCUCUUUGAGCCAAGUGGUGAAAAUGAAAGAUGAGUGAUUUUGAUGAAUGGAUUUCUGGAAAAUACAGAAAAAUGGAAGAAGGUCCUCUCCCUCUGUUGACUUUUGCUACUGCUCCCUACUAUGACCAGAAACCAGGAACUAGUGGAUUACGGAAGAAAACCUAUUGUUUUGAGGCGAAGCCAUGUUAUCUGGAGAAUUUCAUCCAGAGUCUAUUUUUUUCCAUAGACCUUAAAGAUCGCCAGGGAUCCUCACUGGUAGUUGGUGGAGAUGGGAGGUAUUUUAAUAAAUCGGCGAUAGAAACAAUAGUGCAGAUGGCGGCCGCUAAUGGGAUUGGUCGCUUGGUUAUUGGGCAGAAUGGGAUCCUCUCUACCCCUGCUGUAUCCUGCAUCAUUAGAAAGAUCAAAGCCAUUGGUGGGAUCAUUCUGACAGCCAGCCACAACCCGGGAGGGCCCAAUGGAGAUUUUGGAAUCAAAUUUAAUAUUUCCAAUGGAGGUCCUGCUCCAGAAGCAAUAACUGAUAAAAUCUUCCAAAUCAGCAAGACAAUUGAAGAAUAUGCAAUUUGCCCUGACCUGAAAAUAGACCUUGGAGUUCUGGGAAAGCAGCAGUUUGACCUGGAAAACAAGUUCAAACCAUUCACAGUGGAAAUUGUGGACUCUGUGGAAGCUUAUGCUACAAUGCUGAGAAACAUCUUUGAUUUCAACGCACUGAAGGAACUGCUUUCUGGUCCAAACCGACUAAAGAUUCGUAUAGAUGCCAUGCAUGGAGUCGUGGGACCGUAUGUGAAGAAGAUCCUCUGCGAAGAACUCGGUGCCCCUGCGAACUCAGCAGUUAACUGUGUUCCUCUGGAAGACUUUGGAGGCCACCAUCCUGACCCCAACCUCACUUACGCUGCUGACCUGGUGGAGACCAUGAAGACAGGAGAGCACGACUUUGGGGCUGCUUUUGAUGGAGAUGGGGAUCGAAACAUGAUUCUGGGCAAGCACGGGUUCUUUGUCAACCCGUCAGACUCCGUGGCUGUCAUUGCUGCCAACAUCUUCAGCAUUCCGUAUUUCCAGCAAACUGGGGUCCGAGGCUUUGCCCGCAGCAUGCCCACCAGUGGGGCCCUGGACCGGGUGGCUAAUGCUACAAAGAUCGCUUUGUAUGAGACCCCAACUGGCUGGAAGUUUUUUGGGAAUUUGAUGGAUGCGAGCAAACUGUCCCUUUGUGGGGAGGAGAGCUUUGGGACCGGUUCUGACCACAUCCGUGAGAAAGAUGGACUCUGGGCUGUCCUUGCUUGGCUCUCCAUUCUAGCCACCCGCAAACAGAGUGUGGAGGACAUUCUUAAGGAUCACUGGCAAAAGUAUGGCCGGAAUUUCUUCACCAGGUAUGACUAUGAGGAGGUGGAAGCUGAGGGCGCCAACAAAAUGAUGAAGGACUUGGAGGCCCUGAUAUCCGAUCGCUCCUUUGUGGGGAAACAGUUCCCAGUGGGUGAUAAAGUUUACACUGUGGAGAAAAUUGACAACUUUGAAUACAGUGAUCCAGUGGAUGGAAGCAUUUCAAGGAAUCAGGGCUUGCGGCUCAUUUUUGCAGAUGGUUCUCGCAUCAUCUUUCGACUGAGCGGCACUGGGAGUGCAGGGGCCACCGUUCGACUAUAUAUCGACAGCUAUGAGAAGGACAUUGCCAAGAUCUACCAGGACCCCCAGGUCAUGUUGGCUCCCCUUAUUUCCAUUGCUCUGAAGGUGUCCCAACUCCAAGAAAGGACGGGACGCACUGCACCCACUGUUAUCACCUAAGAAGACAGGCCAGAUGCAGUACGUCCCUCCACCCCGGACCCUCCAAGUCAUCUGAUUGAAGAGCACGGACAGAAGCAAAGCGUAUUCACCCAGGCUUUUUAGGAUUCGUUUUUUCCACUAACCAGUUGUUGAUGAAUGGCACAUUAGUGCGACACUGCCAUUUGUGGGAAAGAGGAAAAGAGGACCCAGGGGCUUAUGCUAAUGCCACCUCCUUUUUGUGCCCUUAGGCCCUGCUGCUGUGUGGGUAUUUGUCUCCCUAGCACCAGCUUCUGUUGACUACAAUGUGAGAUGGAGGUUGAGCAUCAGCUAGUGAGGCCAUUUCUCAUCCUUAGGAUGUACCAACGACAGGACACUGCAGCUUUUGUUCUCUUCCGUGAAUUCUUUCCCCAUUAACUGUUUACAUGUGAUCCAGCAAAAUGCAAUUUCUGGUGCCUUCUCUCCAGUCAGUUCUUUCCUCAGAGUGAGACGUACUUGUCUACAGAUUUCUGCCGUGGUUUGCAACAUAGUCCCAGUCACACAAAUAUUUUGGGAUAUUAAAGCAAAAUAAGCUA